UGCACCAGCUGCGCAUCUGCAGAUGAGCAUUCCGUUCCUGCGAUUCUUUUGCACGGAGUCGGCAAUGGAACAGUGCCGGCGUUUGAUCGCGGCGGUCAAUGUUCACUGCCCGGCCGUUACUGGACGGAUGGCUGAAAAGGUCACGGGUAUGCAUAGGCGAUGGCUGCAGACGCUGGCUUAUCCUGGUCAGUGGACCGGCAUCCGAAUAUUUCUCAACCUGUUCAGCUGUGUUGGUCCGAAUGGCCGUCCUCAGUCGUGGGAUGAUGUUGACUUGAGACAGCUGAAUGGGGCUGUGCUCAGUCGUUUAGCCAUGCACAUUCUGGACGAAUACUUCCAAGACUAAUCAAGCAACGAACUGUAGACUGCAUGCUACGGUUAGAACCAAGCAGAAAAGAUGAAGCAUGCUGCGGACCACAAACACCAUGUAGAGUAUGGUUGGGUACCUGGAACUAUUUUACAGUUACCUAUUUUCGCAAUUGAUCAGUCUGGAUGUUUGUUGCAAUGGCUGGAGUGGUCGGUUUACAGUUUACAUUGAUUACACCACGCUUUAUUUCGAUCUGUUGGCAUAAAUUAUUACCACAAACAGCAUGUAGAGUAUGGUUGGGUACCUGGAACUAUUUUACAGUUACCUAUUUUCGCAAUUGAUCAGUCUGGAUGUU